CCAAAUAUGGGACACAUGAAUGGUGCAAAAGUUUGGAUCAGCACUUUUUCCAAGAAGAUAGAAGAAUUUAUACAAGUAACAGUGAGUAGCUGCAGCUUAAUGAAAAAUCUCCCCUCUGAAAAUAGUGAGACUGUGCUGCACACAUCUGGAGACAACAAGCACCCUGUGAUGUCAAGAUUAACCAAAAUGCAUCAAACAGCUGUAAAAGUAAUCAGGAGAAUGCAGUAUUUUGUAGCCAAAAGAAAAUUUCAGCACUCUCGGAAACCAUAUGAUGUUCAUGAUGUGAUUGAACAGUACUCACAAGGACACCUCAAAAUGAUGGUUUGGAUAAAAGGAGUUCAAAGAAGAUUGGACCAUUCCUUGGGAAAGCCAGGCCUUUUCCUGCCAGAAAAGGCAGUAGACAAAGGAUACUAUGUUGUAGGAGCCAGACUGAUCCGCCUAGAGGAUAAGGAAGAUGUACCCUCAGCAAGUGCCCAGGAGCUGGGGCAAAGAGGGGUUCUCGUUCUAUCACAGCACUACCAUACACAUCUGAAAUUAGUCCAGACACAGUAUGCAGUAGCUGAAAACAGUGUUAUUUCCAAAGAAUUUUCAACAUUCAGGGAAACUCUGAGCGACAGACAGUGACACCAGACAACCCAUAAAGGCACUGAUCUUGACUUUUAUGGACGUGUUUAUACUUGGCAGCUAUUCUUGGAUCCAUAAAUGAAGUGAUUGCAAAGAGGCUAUUGUUUUUAAACAGCUAGUCAAGAAAUUUCCUGGAAUAUAAUCAGCCAUAUAUCAGAUCUCAAUAAUUAGAGAUGUCUGCAGUUAGUUUACAAGAAGGUUGCAUGUUUGUUAUUCUCAUAUAUUCUUAGGCAUACCUGGUAAUAUGCUAUCUGCAAAAAGCAUUAAGCUUGGGAUGUAAAGGCAUACACUCAGGCAUAAGGAGCAUUUUUUUUUUCAGUUCUUAAGUAAUUACUUCUUCUUUCUAUAGAUUAGUUUUAUUUAUUAUCAUAUACCAUAUUUAACUCAUGAUAAAUUCAUUUACUUUACCCUAGCUUUCCUGUAUGAAUUUUUGUGAAUCGAAGUGCAGUAUGACCACAGACCUCAGUAUUGUUUCUCUUUCCCAUUCACCCAAACUUUGAGAAGACAGAAGAGACAUGAAGACUGAGAUUUUUCAGAAGCAACUAUUUCUUUUUUGUUGCUUUUUAUUUUGAGAUAUCCACGUAGAAACCCCUUGAUAGGAAAAAGUAUGUUCUACCAAUCAGGCCUUGUGAAGGCAUAUCAACAAAAAAGGCACAAAAACUGCUGCCCACUUUUGAAACUAAGCUCUGGAGCAUCCCCGAAAGAGCAGCAAAUUCAGAACCAUUUUAAUGUGAUAUUGAAAAUUACUUUAUUAUACUGUGUCCCCUGACUUGAAAAUUGUUCCAGAGAUUCAAUAGUGAAAUACUAUUGAUUAAAAAUACAAUGAUGCAAUUGGUCUGAUCACAUUCUCUGGAAUAUUCACAAUAUCCAGAGUACAUCUUUUCUUGCAUGGGGCGGACAGAUUUGUUACUUGAAGCUUAUUAUUCUAUCCUGUUAUAAAUCACAAGGAAUUACGGAAGAGUCUAGUUGUUUAAAAUACAUAUGGAUAAAUAAGCAUUGAAAGGUAAAUUAAUUGAUCAUAUUGUGAUAUAUUACAGAGGAGGUGAGAGAAUGUAAUGCUCCUCUACAGCAUAUGUCACUUGAACUUUAUUGAUAGGUGUAUAUAGACAGAAUAUAAAUAACACAAACAUCGACUCUGGCAUCAGACAUAAGCUAGACAGAAUAUAUAGUAUUGCUUGCCACUAAUAAUGCUAAUGUUUCAGAGAGAGAAAUGAUGCAACAAAGAAUGGCUGAAAAGAACUGUGAUGGGGAGAUGGGAAAUGAAUUAUCAAGAAAGAUUAGCCAGAAUGAGGCAGCACUGAUAAUAGGAGUUCCCCAGAGACGUGCUGAAGACAAUCCUGAAAUGAAAGAAACAAAAGAAAUGAAUCACAUUAAUCUUUUUAAGAUAGUCACUACCUUGGAAGGUCUUGGAUCUAGGAUAGCAAGAGGGUGACUCAGAGCUGGUCAAUAUUUCUGGCACAUUUAUUUAGUGUUGUUGAAAUAUUGAACAAAUAGCUGAAGUCAAGAGCAGCAAGUCGGGGAUUUAAAAGGAGCUAGUUUUCUUUUUGUGAAGGAUUUUUGAGAUUACAACAUUAACUACAUAUUCGAGGCUACAGUAAUAAGUUCUAGCUUUGUGUUUAUUAGGGUUAUAAGGGCAGGCCUCAGUGGAGCAUAUGGUAUUUUUACAGUGCUGUUUUCAUAAUAAAAAUGGCACAAAACUGUAUUAACUUUUUGCAGAUUGAUAGAGAAACAAAUUGUCUAAAUAGAUAUGUUUGUUUAUGGGAGGGUGAAAAAGGACUUAAGGUGGGAGAAAUCUGUGCAUGUUUUCCAAAUGUGUAUCUACAGGUUUGAAGAUUUAACUCAUGCUUGCAUCUCCUAAGAACUGGCUGGGAAAAAAGAGGCAUUGGGAAUUGAAAUACAGUUAAUAACAAGGAGUAAUAAAAAGGAAGAAUGAAAGUGUGUGAAACAACCCAGAGAGACUCAGGAAAAAAAAAAAAAAAAAGAGAGAAAAAAUUCUGAUGGCCAGAUAGUUUGUAUAGUUCCAGAUGGGAGCAAGUUCAGGCCUGUCCUCACUCUGAUAGACUGGAUCACGCCAUUAGUUAAGGAUUUUUCUUCUUCACCUGUAGCCCUCUUUCAUCUUCCUGGGUACUGUAAUUUAAUAGCAGUAUUUCCAGCUUAAUUUUCUGGAUUCUCUGUCAUAAAUAUAUGCAUUUUUUUCCUACAAAUAAAAAAAAGAUAAAAAACA